AUGUUCAUUCACAAUCGUAUAUCAACACUGCUUUCGGCUUCAGUUCCAGAAUAUGAAAUAACAGAGCCAUAUCAGUCCAACAAACACGGUGAUUUCGUGUCGCACACGCUCCACCGGCGGCACACGCGUGACGUGUAUGACGAGAAUGCGUGGCACUACAGAAUGGACGCGUUUGGAAAGAAAAUGCAUCUGAAACUGAAGCAAAACACGCAACUGGCAAAACCAGGCCUCUCCCUGGAAACGAGGGAUGAAAACGGUGACAUCACUUGGUCCCCUGUUAAAACUGAUUCCUACUACCAUGGAAAAGAGAUUUCGGAUCCAGACUCUUUUGUUGCUCUUAGCAACAAUAAGGGGCUGGUAAGUUUUCAUGUCGACAAAUAGACAAAAUAUCUAAUGUUGAUAUCUUCACUUGCGGAAUAAAAGUGGGGGAUUUUAUGCUUCAAUUCGCCACUUUAGACACGAGAAGGAAUCUAAAAUGGAUCUAGUUAACUUUCCGAAAGACCUGUGGCCAAUGGCUGACCAGUGAGUCACCAGUAACGAUUCCAAAAACUAUCUUUACGAAAGUUAAGUUUGCUCAAUUACCUUCUCACUUCUGAUAUGGCGAGACUUUGAUUUUCGUGAUCUGAAAAAAGACCUGUUAACUUUUAAACAGUAAUUUGGCCCAAAGGAAUGUGACAGGUAGAAUUUUAAAAGCAAUAUCAAUAGGUAGUAAAUCAAAUAGAAAAUUGAAAAGAAAAUAUUUAAGCAAUAUUUCUCAUCAAACAUUAAAGCAUUGCUUGAGGUUUUAAGAAAUCGUUUACAUUUUGCAAAGUUUGGGGGCUUUUCCUUUUUUGAUGGCUAACCAUUGAUUUCCACGUAGUGUAUGCAUUGAUUGAACUUGCGGGUAACUUCUGGGUAGCUAUCUAAAUAUAAGUAUUUUUAACGUAAUUUUUUUAUUAAAACAGCCAAAUACUAUUUCUUAUUUUUCGCAGACUGGUAUGAUAAAGCUGUCGCGUGACACCUUGUAUGUUCAUCCUCUUCCUGAUCACCUGGCUAAACACGUGACUAGCGGAAGUGGAGGAGCUAAAAGUCAUCUCGUGUACAGGAAGUCGAAAGUAUCAUCUCAAUGCCACACUAAAGUAGGUGAGAGGAAGGGACUAAGUUACAAAUCCAUCAAAAAUGUUUUGAGACACUUAUGCAUAUUUACCGUGUAGGUUGCGACCAGAUCCUGGUAAAUGGUUCAAAAUAAAUAUCUAAUUGAAUACUCCCCACAAUUUUUGAUGUAAGUUUGAUCUCGACAUUGUUUAACAAAACUCUCACAAGAAUCUGGGAAUUUUGGUUCAGUUUGAUUUUAAGCUGUAGUAGUCUCCUUCGCAGCCGUUAUUAGGGUCGUCACUCGUCACGCAACGCCCCUCCCCACUUAGGAGACUAAAGCUGUAGGUGCUACUCAGAAAUUUAGUUUAAGAAACUCAUUUCCGUUUCAGGCUUGGCUUCAAAUAUUGAUAAGGUGGCAAAGAAGAACAAGAUCGGAGGCGCUACAAAUGCUGAUGCCGUUGUACAAAAGUAUUUACAAGCAGCUCUUGUGUUGGAUGAACACGUCGCAGCUGCUCACGGGAAUGACACGGCAGACUACAUGCUAGUUUUAGCCAACAUAGUAAGUAAUGGUGUGGCCAGUGAACAAGAUCUCCAGGGAAUGAUAGGAUGCAGAGAGGGCAAAAAAAGACGAGGAGGAGAUUUCCGAUUUCCCCCGCUCACUUCUUUGUAGUUGUUGUUGUUGAUGUUGUUAUUGUUGUUUGUUUAUUUUUUAAUUCCAAAACGAAUAGGAUGGAACAUCGGUAAGCAGCGCCCGUUAUUAAGGGGCAUCACUUCAUUUUAUUUUAUUUUCUCAUUGCAAAACGUACAUUAUGGCCACUUGUUUGGUUGCUUGAAACAUGUUUUUAUAGCCGGCUCAUGUGCUAAUAUUGGUUUUUUGUUUGUUUAUUUGUUUGUUUCUCAGGUUGCUGGAACAUUCCACGAUAAUUCCAUCGGACACAUAAAAAUGAAUUACGUUGUUAGCCGGCUUGUGGUCAUAACCAACAAAGAGGUGUUAUUUUUUUUUCCGCAGACCAGUCUCUACUACUAACAGCAACUUCACAGAGGCGCUUACGCGCUCGAAAAUCAGGGUACACGACGCCAAGUAAUCCGGCCCGGCACAUGCUCACAGCAGGCCUUGCAUUCUGACAUACUUAACUAAAAUAUCUUAAACAAAAAAUAGUAGAAUUUGGUUUACUGCUUGAGCCAGACAAUAACGGAAUCGCAGGAGAUAUGCGAGGUCAAGAUGAUAUAAUAUUGCCCUUCCACUUUUUAGGGGAGUUCGUCUGGGGAAAUGAAACACGCAAAAAAGAAAUAGCCAGAUACGAUUUGUUGUCUGGUCCAAAGAAUUUUUUCCGGCGAGAACGAAGAGUGAAAUCACUAAUAAUAAUGACCGAUCUUGCCCACUAUGGGUAACUAAUCAGAACGCCUAGGAUAAAUUUAUUAAUACUUUUACAAAUGUAAUUUAAAAGUUUACCUUUUGUUUUCAGACUCUAAAGCAACGGCUACACAUGUAAAUUCCAUUUGCAAAAGUUUUAGAUUGUAGUCCCUGAUUUGCAUGCCUAAUCUUGCCCGCUCGCGAAGCCACACAAAAGUUUGUUGAAAAAAUAAUGAUACGGUUUGAUUGAAGACCUGCCUUCAUCAGUGAUGUUUUUCUUCUCUUUACUUUAGCUAAACGUUUAUAGGAACUCAUCUAGCGGACGAAGACUGGACAUGAUCGCUGUGUGGGCGGCCAAACACAAGUCAGACAGCAAAAGCGAUCCAUUGUACUUUGACGUCAUCUCUCUGGUUCAUGAGUAAGUGAUGAUCAAAUUGUUUCAGCAAGAUAAAAGGUCUAAGAAUUCUUUUCAAAGAUAUUAAAGAAAACAUUUACUUUAAAAGCUCGCAUUGGAGAGAUCUGCUGUUAGCAAUACUAGGGUAACGGUUAUGUUUUAUAAUCAAUGUCAUCAUUUCAAAAAAAUUAACAUCCUUGGGCUAAAAGAGAAUUAUGCUUGUUAGUUUUUAAUCAUUUGGCAACUUCGCUUUGGCGUAAUUAAUCACUAUUUUCACUGUAAGUCACCAUCUUGGUUUGAAAAAAGAAAAAAAAAUAGCACUAGCUGUCAAAGGCCAAGACCAUUUCAGCGGGGAGUACAGACCGCGAGGGUGUGUCAGUAUGUAUUUGCAGUAAAACUAGGAUCUACCUGAGAAAAGGUCUGGAAGGAAAAUUCAAAAGGAAUUGAAGCUGAUUAACUGUAAAAUCUGCUGAUUAAUUCUUAGCGCCCUAACGAAAACACAUUAAUAUAUAUUUUCUGUUUUACCAGAUCUUGUUGUGGUGGAGGUAUGUACAUGUUCAUUAAUCAUAUUUCCUUAACAUACUUGCAUUAAAAUGCUUUCUUGUUUUGGCAUAUCAGUCCUCAAUAAGGGCCCAAAUCAUGCUUUGUAUCCCUCAAAUGCCAAAUACAUAUAUGCCGGGUGUGAUUUCUUCACCAGGACAGGAGAGGGAUUUCCUCUUAUGACUAGUGCUAGCUGGGGGCUAUCAAUAGUGUCAAGAAUAUUUGAAACAAAAAUGCAAAGUUCUGCAGCAGAGUUCAGUUGUCCUCUUUGUCCUUUCAGGAAAGGAUUCUUUUGACACUCAACUCCCAGAAUCUCUUGUGCUCAGUAUCCUGUAUAAUCCCGUUAAUUAUUUACAAUAACCUGUAUCCCUUUAAUUUUAUUUCGUAAAAAAACCUCGUGUGUGGAUUGCAUUCCUAGGGCUAGCUAUUCUGGGUGGUGUCUGCUCGCGUAGAAUCAACAGCAACGUGAACGGAGAUACGGGUCUACAGACCGCCAGCACUAUCUCACAUGAGACUGCUCACAAGUAAGCAACUUAAUUACCAGCUGUCUUUUAUUUAUAAUUCAUUACUUUAAUUGUCAGAUAUUAAAUCAAGUGUGGUCUUUAGUGCCAGCUAUUGUUGGUGUCCAAAGAGACUGGAAAGAUUGGAGGGUAAAUGAACAUCGAUACAGGAAUAUGAAUAUCAACAUCGAUCUAUAAAAGGUUGUGCUACACUUAACUGUGAAAUUCUACAUUGUAAUUUUAAGAGCUGUCGUUUCUGGACCCUCUACUCCUCUAUUUAUGUCGUCAAGAAAUAGUCGAGCGCGCGUAUGUGGACGGGCUCCCUCCACGCUUAAAAAGCUCAGAACUUCCAGUCUUCGUUUCAUUUUCUCUUAACCUGACAAAAAACUCUGGAUAAAGUUUUUUUUUGUCAUACAGGGUCUGACUGAGUUUAAAUACCGUAAAAACAAAACCUUUUCCAAGCACACUUUUUUCCUUCAAUUUUUUCAAGUAUUGGUAUUGGUCACGACGGAGCCCAAAGUUGUCCAGAUGGGAUCAACAUCAUGGCCACCGGAACAAUCGCCGGAGAAGGAUCUUACAAAUGGUCCUCCUGCAGUAAAAAUGCUUUGCAGCAGUAUCUUAGGUUAGUUCAUAUUAAAAGUAAUCUUUGGUGUGCAUGCAAUUUGUAGUGUGUACUAGUUGAACGCAUGCCACAUUAGCCAUAUGGAGGGAUAAUAGGGAGAGGAAAUGAUCUCAGGCUAACACUGCCAGGGAUUAUGGGCUCCUGGUUUUGCAUUAUUAACCAAAAAGCAAGGCCAAAUUAUCUGUAUAUAAACUGAAGAAAAAAAGUACAGUAAAAUGACUUCCAUUUCGCUUAGUGUUAUAACACUAAGCGAAAUGGAAGUCAUCGCCCUUACUCCUUUUCAAAGGUUUCUCCGGAUUCCGGACCCGCGAAAUUUUUACUUCCGGAAUCCGAAAUCUAUAGGAAAAUUUUGCUAGUAGAGUCCCUAAUCCUGGGCAUUGGGAUCCGAAUGUAUACAUCGAAACGGAAAAUCAGUCUGUAAUAAACUCAAUCAGAUGAAUUUUGAUAAAGUAUUUUAGAACUGGUGGAUAGUGUGAAAGUUAACGUUAGUUAUAAUAAAAGACCAGUUUUAUUUUGCUUUCAGUAAAAUAUAAUGUACAUGUACUAACCUUACCAUUUUUCACUAGAAACAUAUAAUUCAAUUAUUUACUCAUUCAUUCAUUUAUAUACAACAAUGCAGCGGACCAGGUUCCAUUUGUCUGAAUGAACCACCUCGAAUAUCUCUUCCUGCUUUUACCAACCAGAACAUUGCUGGAAAGUUGCCUGGUGUGGUUUACAAUAGAGCUGUUCAGUGCGAAUUCCUUUUUGGAAAAGGAUAUCGUGGUUUUGGGGCAAGUUUUUUCUUUACUUGAAGUUUAUGGGAAAAUUUUGCUUUACCGUGAUAAUAAACAAAGCAUCGUGAAAUCUAGAACUGUAAUUAUUUUAAAAAUGAUGUUUCUGAUUCAAAUUAGAUAUAUACAAUAUUGUGAUCAGUUGUACUUGUAUCGCCCUACACAAGGGAAUCCGGGAAAUUUUUGCUUGUAAAAUCUGGAAUCCUGGGCUUUGGAACCCGGAAUCUAGAAUCCCACUAACGAUUAGAAACCAAAAUCCAAGGUCUUCUGACAAAGUCAGGAAUCAAGUGUCUGGAAUACGGAACCCACGGUAUGGAAUCCAGAAUCAAGACUGUCUUGGAUUUCCUUUAACGAAUUUCCUUGCAUGGGGCUACUUGUACUCCAAGUCUCCGACGCGCGUUUGGACUGCAGGUAGUUUUGUAAGAACACCCGUCACUGCAUACUUUAUCAUCUUCAAGGUUAACUGCAACGUCUUGGUCGAUAUUGUUCGUUUAUAUUUUUGUAGGGACAACAGAGAUAUUUUAACUUGGUGGCAAGUGUUUUAACAUUUGCGCACGCGAAGUAGACUCGAAGGGGAAAUUUCAAAAAUACCUGCCGCCAUGUUUACCAGACCUCGGGAAGUCGAAGUCACCUUUGUAUGUAUUAUUUGUUUUUUUUUUUAUUUUUAGUCCAGCUGUGUCACUUUGUAUUGCACAAAGAAUGGGUACGUUUACACAAGCAUGGUGGUCGGUCCUGUCGACGGAACGAGCUGUGGACCACGUCAUGUAAGUUAAGGAUUGUGCAGUGUGUAUUUCGGAUCGGCAGCCUUGUGGUACUCCUUUUUUGUGACACCAUUCCCUUUAUUGGAGUGAAACUUUUGUGGCUGGAGUGUGGUGGUUACUUUUAUAAUUUACCACCAAAGUAUGGAAUGGCCUCACGAAACAAAGCCAGGCUACUCAGAAUGACCCUCAAGGGCGGGAGGUACUGACCUUUUACAAUCUUAAAUUUGGAAGAGUAUGUUAAUCAGGAUAGGAUGAACUUUAGAGACUCAGAAAACGGUGACUAAACUAAAGACAUUGAAAACCUGUUAUUUGGGAUUAGAAAAACAGGCCUAUCUUUUGAAUGACUUGGUUCUUUUAACCGCCUCCGUCUCUGACAUUUUUUUUAUAAAAUAGUGGUGUAUCCAUAGUAAGUGCGUUGACAAUGGAUCUCCGAGGAUUGACGGGGGGUGGAGUGAGUGGUCUGAGUAUAGUCCUUGUAGCCGAACGUGUGAAGGAGGUCUACAGUACCGAAAGAGGGCUUGUACCAACCCGCCGUAUGUACUCUAAAUAUUUUUUUGCCUUUUUUUUGUUGUUGUUGCAUGUUUUCCUUAUAAUUAAAACUAUUUUCUUUGCGGAUAUAAGAACAGUAGGUUGUUCCCGCCAAAAAGGUGUCUAAAAAGUUCACGAACUUUAGUUUUUUCCACUUUCCCAUGUAUCGCGCAAUGUUGUCUUUACCCCUCUAUAGUCAUUCUGUUCGGGAUUGUGAGCCAGUUCCAGCUAUAUAGUGGUGCCGGUACUCGAACCAGCGACAUUUAGGUUACCCAAUGACCCAUUGACAACGAUACCGUAGAGUCUUUUGUUUCUGGUUAAUACUUCUCUUCAUUUUGUCUGCUUUAGGCCAACCAACGGCGGAGAGAAAUGUUUAGGAAGAGACAUUGGACAUUAUAAAAUAUGCAGUUACCAGGUAUAAAAAUGUGUACAGCAUUGUGCAUUGUAAUAAUCCACGGCACUCAGAGCAAACGAAUGCAUCUAUCAUAAGAGAAACUUGAAUUCCAAUAACUAUACUUAUAUUUAGGAAGAUAUUGAAUGGCUGCAUUAAAGCCACCACUGCCCGUGCUCGGAAUUUUAUAUUAGAGAGAUUAACAUGCACAUUUACGCCAAAUAGCAGACUUGAAUUUGUACCACGUGACCAAGUUUUCCCCUUAUUUUCCGUUUACUGUUUAUUGCUUCUUUACAGUUUUAACCAUAGGAAUCGUUCGGGACUGUUUUUAUCUGCUUAUUUUCUAUUCUGAGAAAUUCCCAACUUGAGUCUGACGCCUUUGCCGUUUGCGGUAAACGUGAAUCCUAAUCUCUCUAUUACUGAAAUAUCUUUUACUGAUAUAAGAGUGUAUUUUUUAACGGCAGAUCGUUUUAUAACUUUGAUAAAUGCUAACUACUUUUUCUUAGUGGCCUUCUAUUCCUAUUUGGAAUUGUUAAUUAUUCGUCGUUAAUUGUUAUUCGUACUCUGAAAUUCUCUUGCAAACCCUGUGAAUUUUGUUUUCAGAUCAAAUGCCCUUUGCCCUCUUACCGGGACUUGCAAUGUAAGAACAUAGACCCUGCAAAGAUUUCCUACGCUUAUGGAGGUAUCAGUGAAGUUAAAGAUAAUAGUUAAAAGAGAAAUAAUGAAACCCCAGAGAACAAAGUAACAUGUUAAACAGUACCCAAAUUAGAAAGAAAUGUUCAGUUCCAAGAAUUGAAAAGUACAGUUCGACGCUACGACUUUAAUGUAUCUGAAUUUUAAGUAAAAUCCUCGAGGAUAGUGUUCAUGUCAAAUUCUUCAACUUCCCCCGAUCUUUACAGCACAAUCUCAUAAUAUUCAUAUCUUUCCAAACGGCUAUAUUGUAAAGGGCAGAAACUUACGAAAGGCUGCAACCAACCACCAUUUACUGAAAUGAAGGUCAUAUCUUUGUAUUAUUAUAGAUAAAUGUCAUCUUGCCUGCAUACAGCAUGGUACCAUAACAUAUCCACACGGGCGAGUUGCUGAUGCAACUCGAUGUACCGCUGACCCUGAUGACUUUGAUGUCUGCAUCGAAGGAAAAUGUCGGGUACAAUUAAACAUCUUUAAAUGUAAAAAUAGACUUUUACUACCUGUGACAAAGAUGAAGGAGGUAUAAACAGAGGAAAUGAUUUCGCAGCUUGGAACGUUUUUUGAGCAUGUUGAAUUUUCAGAACGAAGCGAGCGCUUCCUCUCUUCCAAAAAUGAAUGCAUGACCUUCAACCGUUUUAAGCUAGCUUCUGCAUAGUGCAAAAGUUUAUCUGGUUGAGUGGGACCUUAUAUACUAAAAAUGCGUUGGAUGAAAAUCAAACUAACUAAAAAUUUAGCAUCACUUCCGUUGUCACAGUAGUCACGGUGUGUGUAUCUUUUUUUUUUUUUUUUCACCGAUAAGGCCGUAGGCUGCGAUCAUGGGUUUGAGUCAGGAACGAGAAAGGAUCGCUGUGCGGUAUGCGGGGGAAAUGGGGAAACUUGUAAAUUUGAAAAAUCAUCUUACACCAAAGACCACAGAAGCUACGGUAAGUUCACCGCAUAACAAGUAAUUAAAAAAUACAGUGGUACAUGUACACUUUAAAGCAAACUAAAAAUUAACCGUGAGCGUGGAGCACAAUUGAUAUUAGCCUCCCCCGCUGGCAUUUUUAGGGGAGCUCGUAGGGGAGCUCGGAAGAAAUACGAGCUCCCCUAAAAAUGCCUGCGGGGGAGGCUAAAUUGAUAUUUGAUAUGGACCAAAUUUUGUAUGGUCAUUCUUCCCAUACAGGUUUUGGAAAUGCAGAUACUGUGGUGAUUCUUCCUGUUGGAACAGUGAAUGCAACGAUCAAGAAGAGAGGAGUUAAUUUAAAUUUCUUGGGUAGGUAGUUCGAAACUUACGUUGGACAUUUUAGGCUCGUCUUUUUCAAAUAACCGUGGUAUUCUUCCAUCAUAUACUGCGAGAUUUUUUCUCUUAAUAGGCAUUAAGGAUCAUUUGUCAGGUCAAUACAUCAUUCAUCUUCCUACCUAUAGUCGCACGGUCUACUACAAUGGAACGAAGAUUGCUUACAUUCGUAAUGGAUAUGAAUAUGCAGAUUCCCUUGAAAUUGACGGGCCUACAAAUAUCCCUCUGAGAGUAGUGGUAAGUUCAAAAAAUGUCACUUCAUACAGAAACAUACAACGAUAUACAAGAACGAAUAAACAUGCGGAAUUAAAGAGUAUCAACUAAUCUUGAGAUACCAAGGAGUGGCGAAUUUCUGCCAAAUAUUGCGAUAUUUUCCAAUAGGCCAGUUUCAAAUGAUUAAAAUUCAUUCACGUACAUUUUUUCAGCCUAGUUAGGCUCACUAAUUUGUCGUGUUUAAAUAAAGAUUGAUUGAUUGACCGAUUGAUUGAUUGUUGAUUGGUUGAUUGAUUGAUUGGUUGACUGAUUGAUUGAUUGUUGAUUGGUUGAUUGAUUGAUUGAUUGAUUGAUUCAUUGAUUGUUAAUUGAUUUAUUGAUACUUAACUCAGAAGCUGAGAUAAAUAAAGCAAAAGAAAUUGCAUUGAGUUUAAGAGAUUAAUAAUCCAUUUCUUUUGCCUUAUUACUCUCCGACUCGGAGCCAAGUUUGAAUUUUGAUAAUUCGAAAAUGGCCCAAUGUGCUGCCAGUUUUUAUCUCAUCUAUGCAUCUUUUAGUUUGCUUAUAUACGAGGAACACCUCAAGGAGUGGACUAUGAGUUCUACAGGCCAUUACUGUCAAACGAAUCUGCUAUCUCUGUUUCGCUUAAAUGGGUCACUGGACCCUGGACUGCCUGCUCUGGGAAAUGCGGCCAAGGUGAUGUAAAAAUCCAAUUAUAUUGUCUAUUUAAGGUAUAAUUUAAGAUCUUUCAAACCAAGCAAUACAAUUAUGUUCAUUAAAAAAUGAUAAUGGGCUUAAGAAACAAUAAGUUGUUGAUCAUGAAUGAGAAAAUCAAGUCUCGGAUCCGGGAAAAAAUAACCAACAAAUAAAACAUGGACCAGCUAUCUUCGUUUUAUCGGCCGUUGGCCAAGCCUCCCACGCAGGCGAUUUUUUCGGGGGGAAGGGAGGAAAUACGACUCUUCUAAAUACGCCUGUGUUAGGCCGCUAGCCCUUUGAGGACCACAUGGACAUGCUAAAGAGGGUGUACUGUCAGAAAAUAUAUGAAAUCUUAGCAAACACACACGAUAAUUCCAAUCGGGUGGGGAGAGGAGCAUAGACUUAAGUGUAACUUUGCUUAAUUGCUUAGAGAAAGGUGAUGGGACCGCAAUUACGUACAAGCAUCUAGCGGUCAGUAUACUUACGUUCAUUGAGGUAGAUAUGCCGUAUAUAACCAAGUUAAAUUGUUUUUGUCAUAUUUAACUUAGGAAUCUCUACAAGAGAAGUGCACUGUGUCCGUUCUGAUGACGAGACUCCUGCUUCAGUUGACUCUUGUUCAAAACAUAAUAAACCUGAAUCGCAAAAAAAUUGCAAGCUUUCGACCACCUGCGCUCCUGAGUAAGUUUUCGUUCAAGUUACUUUCUUAAACGGUUUAUAAAGAAAAAGGUCUAUGUAAAGGCCUUUUAUUUUCUUUUGGGCUAUAUGUUGUCCUCAUAACGUUGAUUUACUUGGGUCUUGCUUAUAAGCAAGUGUUUUUAUUAAUGCAGUUAAAGUUUCUUUAUCUAAUAUGCCUACAUAUAUUUUAUUUGCAAUGAUAAUGCAGAGACGAGGAACGGGGAACAGGGAACAGGGAACAGGGAACAGGGAACGGGGAACAGGGAACAGGGAACGGGGAACGGGGAACGGGGAACGGGGAACGGGGAACGGGGAACGGGGAACGGGGAACGGGGAACGGGGAACGGGGAACGGGGAACGGGGAACGGGGAACUUAAUCCUUAGGGCUAUCGGUAACUCCCCAUACCUAUUCUCUGUUUGUUUCACGUCAUUUUUUCCCGUCCCCCUCUCCUCGUUGUAGUAACCGUCCUAUACUCGCAAAUUAAAAUUUUUCUACAAAGUGAAAAACAAACCAUAUCUUAGUAGGCUUAGUUAUUAGCAAUAUGUCGUUUUUCCCCUUCAAUUUUAGGUGGCACCUAACUCCAUGGAACGAAUGUUCCAAAACUUGUGGAAAAGGUGACCAUUUUCGUGUUCUUUACUGUCGAAAGCAAAUCAAUGAAUCUUACUUCCAAAAAGUGGAUGACAAAGCUUGUUAUUCGAGCACUAAGCCAAACGUAACAUUGUUUCAACAAUGUAAUGAAGUGAUGUGCCCACCUGAAUGGAGACCUCUUCCUUGGUCCGAGGUAAAAUUUUAAACCACAAAACCAUUGCUAAUAAUGGUCUUUUAAAGCUUUAUUUCAGGUGCGUAUGACAGGAAAUUUUUUUUAUCGUUUUUAAUUUUUAAAUAUGUAUAAAAUGUGUCCAAAAUCAAAACUUGUCACAACUUAUGCAUAACCUUUUUUUCGGCUUCAAAACGCGCAAAUUUCCCUUCAAAAGUCUCCGCCCUAUCGCGCGCUAACUUGACAAGUAUGACGUAGAGUGAUUUGCAAGAGUGUAGAAUAAUAAACAAGAUGACGGCUACUACAAAGGAUUGUCUUUGUCGACAAUUUCCCAAUCAUCCGCAAAAUCUUUAUUUGCUUCGCCAUAUCUUUCGUUAAUACAGCCAGCAAUGACUAGAAUCGGAGGUGAAGGCUGAGCAAAUCAACUGACGUCACAUAGCGUCAUCAGCCUUUCUUUGAUUCUUUACUCGUUUCCAGUCUCUGAGAUGUUUCUCAAAGAGAAAAACCGUUUUUGGAAAGCCAGAAUUCAAGACUUUUUUUGGAGACAAGUUUUUAAAGUUUAAAAUUGUUGAUUAAACUUGUCUAAAGACUAAAAUCAGUUUUUUAAAAAAAAUCAUGUCACAAACAUAGUAUUGCUUGCCCUCACAAUCACAGAAAAUUUCCUUCCACAGGACCCCUGUUUCAUUUCACUAUGACAUUUCUAUCAUUGGUUAUACUGGUUCCCCGUCCUUUGUAAAAUUGGGGUGUGGUCCUUUCAAGUUUUCAUAUUUUUAUUGGUCGAUAUGUCUUGUAAGCAAAAGGAAAUGAAGCAUGUUUAUGUCCAAUGAUGGUACUUUACAUCUUUUUUCAGCUAGGUCAGUUUGGCAGUCUGUCUUAUAACACAUCAAUAACAAUCACCCAGAAUCACAGAAUUUCCCAUUUUCUAUCAUACCUGAUUUUAUUUCGCUUUUAGUGUUCAGCGACGUGCGGCGGUGGUGUAAUGACGCGAAAGUUAGAAUGCAUCAGAAAGAACGAAGUCGGGCAAGUUAUAAGAGCUGGGCACUCAUUUUGUCGAUAUGCUGCCAAACCUCUUACAGAAACCGUCUGCAACGAAGACAAGCACUGUGAUCGUAAGUGGAGCCCAAAUACACGCUAUUAACCUUUUUUACGGCAGCUAUUUUAAUCGUCGGCACGGAGCAUAUUUAUUCUAGCAAGGGGAAUCCAAGACAGUCUUGGAUUCUGGAUUUCACGCCGUGGAUAUCCGGAUUCAAGGUACUGGUUUCUGGAUUCUCUGUCAGUGGAUCUUGCAUUCCGGAUUUCCAUAAUCCCUGAUUUUUUUAACUGUAUUGCGGAUUCCCCCACAUGAGGCGUUAUGAGGGCAUGGAGAAGAAACUUGUGCCAAGUGACAAAGAACGCAAGCGCAUACGCAAACAGAAGGAAAAAUUGUCCUCUUGUUUGCGCUCAUAGUGAGGUCUACUUUACUUUUCCCACAGUUUUCUCACAGGAUUCUUUUAGCGUUUUACUCUACCAGGAGCGGGGCUCCUGACUCUACCAUAUAUUAAAGUAAGACUUUUCUAGAUCUUGUCAAUUUUGAUUUUCUUCUGUUUUUAUAUUGCAACUGAACGAUUCAUUGUUAUUAUAGUUUCGCGUUUAAAACUACUGUCGCCUUUAGUGUCCGUCCCAUAAACAACACGGACAAACCAAUGUCUGACUGAUCUUUUCUUACUCAGCUCCACCCGAAAUUCAAGUGGCGUGUUUUAUCGGUGCUGAUAAUAUCAAAGAAGUACUAGGAGAUUUUACUAAACAGAUCAACUGGGACGACACAAAUAAAGUGGUAAAGAAAUGUGCUAAGCUGGCUCACAAUAAAGGUUACAAGCUUUUUGCCCUGGGCAGCAAUGCCCUGUGUUUAUCAGAGGCCAACAUGAAGCAGAAAUACCAUGUAAGUGGUUCUGAAGGAGCGAAGUGCAAAGACGGGAUUGGAAUGUGGAACAGCAUGUUCGUCUAUUCCUUAGGUAAAGUGGCCUUGGCCUCCCAUGCAGCGGUUCUUAAGGCUUCGUCACCCGUCCCGUCCCCAGGGGAAGUAACUCGUGACAAAACGUUAAAAACGUUUACGUAUGCGUGGGAAACUAUAUGCGAAUAAUGCUUUUUUUUUAUUUUAAACACAGAUUACUGAAUAUUCGAACCUUCUCGUUAUCAACACCUGUCUAUUACAGACAGCCUCGUGUGUCGUGGAAACCAAACUUCACGUUAAUCCGAUUGACUGCUCCGCAAAGCGGACAACUGGUCUCCCCCUUUUGGCUUCAGGGUUAAGCUAAAGAUUUUUAAGCGAGUCACGUUCAUUAUAUGAAACGGUUCAAAUUCCUAAUAUAAUUAGAGCCAACGUAUAUCGCAGAACCUCGCGUAGCUGGAAGGCUGACCCAUAAAUUGCUUGGGGUGUGAGACGGAGAAAUAGAGUGUGUAGUGACUUAGGGGGUGGGUUUCAGCAAUAGUUUUGAAAUUGAAAGUUAUUAACAAUUAUUUCUCGAGCCCGAAUGGGCUCUAAGUCAAUAGCCCAUGAGGCCCGAGUUCGAAUGAGCUAUUGACUCAGAGGCCUUGAGGGCGAGAGGAAUAAUUGUUUUAGUAAAAUCCAGCUAGUUGGUAAAAAAUAUCGAGACAAAACAACUUUAGCUAGCAAAACGCGAUUCAGCCGCCAUUGUUUUGUUUUCAAAGCCGGCGCUUUUCGCUACUAGUGGGCUAUAACAUAUAGCCUAGUAGUAACUCAACCAAUCAGAACGCAGCGUUGAUAAUAGACCACUAGUUGGAUUUUACUAAAGACGUAUAUUCAAUAAACUGUUGGUUGAACCGAACUAGUACCCAGUGCCCUAUCUUUUAAAAAUGAAGGAAUGAUAAAUGAAACUGGCGAGUAUUGGCUUUUCAAGGUAAUAUAUACUUGUUGCAAAGGAGUUUGUUAUUAUACAACUUUUACCAAAAAUAAAUGCAUAAUAAUUAUAUUUUGUAGAGCCCCUGCCUGAUAUCCAACCAGUUGGUUGUUUUCACGACAGUAUCGAUCGAGCCUUGCCUGAUAACUAUGCUAAUUUUCGAGCUCAGAUCAUCUGGACGAAUAUGAACCUGACAGUGUAUAAGUGUGCACGAGUGGCCCACGACAAAGGCUAUGAAUACUUCGGUGUUCAGUUCUAUGGAGUUUGCUACGGUGGAAAGGAUGGUGAAAAGAGUUUUGCAAAAUACGGCAAGAGUACGAAUUGUUGGGAGUUUGACAAACAGAACGGAUUUAGUGUUGGCAAGGACUGGCUCAACUUUGUCUACAGGAUUGAGUAG